AUGGGAACAUUAAACAUCAAAGGUUUCGGACCUUCGCCAAUUAAUGGCGCGCCCGAUAAAUGGUUGUACAUUAACCAAGUUAUACGGGAGAAACGACUCGCCGUACUGGCCGUCCAAGAAGCGCAUUUGACGCCCGAGAGAGUAUUAAAUCUCAACAACCUAUUUGCUGCAUCCCUGCUAAUUCUCGGCUGCCCAGACCCAGAUAAUGGCUCAGGUGCGAGAGGAAUUGCCUUCGUAAUUAGCAAACGACACCUUGCAGGCCGUGAGUGCUCGGUUGAUGUGGUUAUUCCUGGCAGAGCCGCCGUCCUCCGCCUCCCCUGGGGCCGCGAGAAGACGAUCUCAAUUGCAAAUGUAUACGCACCAAAUGCGGCGACAGAAAACGCUGCCUUCUGGGAUCAACUCAACAUGGUCUGGUCUGAUCCGGGAAGAACGAAACCAAAUGUCAUCCUCGGUGACUUCAACAUGGUGGAAAAUGCAAUAGAUCGGAUACCUGAACGUGCGGAUGCAUCUGCCGCAACAAACGCUAUAACGUCCCUUCUCACUAGCCUCAGAAUGCACGAUUCCUGGCGCGAAGCACACCCCACAGAGCGCGCUUUUACGUUCCGGCAAACAAACUCGGAUAGUCAAUCUAGACUAGACCGCAUCUACGUUGAUCUCUCCCUGCGUCACGCAGCGGCCGACUGGGACAUAGACAGCCCAGGUCCACUAUCAGACCACUACCUAGUAAGUCUGUCUAUCGCCAACUAUCAUGCACCACAUGUUGGCCCCGGCAGAUGGACUCUCCCGCUGUCGCUUCUCGACGAACCAGAGUUCAUGGGUACUAUGCACCGGAUGGGCUUGGAGCUCCGAGAGAAUCUAACAAAUAUACAUACCCGUACAGACACCGUGAAUGCCCAGACAAUUUUUCAUAGCUUCAAAAUUAAACUCGCAGAUGCCGCUCGCACACGAGCAAAAACAUGGAUGCCAAAACUCGACCGGAAGAUCUUG